AUGGCGAAUAGUGGACCAUCUCUGGAUUGGGCAGUAUCACAGGGUGCAAAUGCAAUAGAAACCGACCUUCAAUUUGACAAUCGCGGAAAUCCAUAUUUAUUUGAGCACCGAGGUUUCUGUGAUUGUAGUUGUCCACAUCCAUCUGGUCACAUUUGUGCAGGUGGCCUUGGUAGCAAAUGUUCUGGGUCUUCUGCUAGCCAAGAUGCUGAUGCUCAUCUGCAGCAUAUCGCUCGCCUUUCUAAUAUCGCACUUGUAAUUAUCGACUCUAAAGUAGAAUCCAAAAUGGCAUCCAGACUUGGUUACCUUGGAAAAUCUGUGGUGGCUCUUUUAGACAGAGAUCUUUUCAACUAUGGUUUUAAGGGAAAAGUCAUCAUUGGAUGCGGAAAAAUCAAUACAUACGAUUAUUUGCAAGCAGCAGCGGAAGCAGCCAAACUUUCGCCGAAUGCAAAUCGCUAUUUUUUUUCAUUUGAUCAAGAAGAUGAUCGAUAUUUUGACGUUAUAGCAAUGCUUUCUCGCUUUACCAACAAUCGUGUAUAUGGAACUGGUAUUAGUUCUUGCGUACCAGGUACUUACUAUACUGGUAUUAGCCAAAGUGUUGCUGGUAAAGCCGCUGGUCAACAUGGAAUGAAUUAUAUUUGGACUCUCGAUAAGAAAUCCUCUAUGCGAACCUACAUUGAGCUCGGUGUACAAGGAAUAGUAACAAAUCGGGUCGAUUUAGCUAAAACUUUAGCUAUUUCGAUGGGUCUAAAAUUAGCAACGCCAUCCAGCUCAAUUCCAGUUGCAACCGCUUCUCUUCCUUCUCCAAACAAAUGCGAUUGCGACUAUCAUAAAGGAGGAUGUACGAUUUCAUGGCCAGCACCGAGUCUCAAAGCAUGUAAAUGUAAAUACAAGGGAGCGUGGACUUGUGGUGGGUCACUGGUAUCAUGCGAUGUUUCGAGACCAAAAUGUUACAGACCAGAUGAAUCAAAAGAAGCGUGUCAACUCGGUGGAGGCGAUUGUGAUGCAUAUUAA